CGUCGUUUGAGGGGUUGCUUAAUAUUAGCAUGGCGGGCACAAUGUCUGGUCUUUGCUCUUACUACCAGACAACUUAGUCUGGAGAAGGUUAUUCCAUUUCUGAGAAUCUUUCCAUGCUUGGAGAAGUUGUACUAUGAGUCAACUGACCUGUGGGGGCAUAAAAAUGCGUGGCGUGAUACAAACUUGGAUGAUAUCGGAUGCCUUGACCUUCAUCUCAAGAAAAUAGUUCUGACGAAUUAUGUUGGUAACGUAUCACAUGUUAACUUCGCCAUGUUCUUUCUAGUGAAUGCAAAGGUUCUGGAGUCUAUGAGACUUGAGCUUUGGAACCCAGAAAAUAAUUGUAGGAACUGGAUUGCAAGACAAAGUAGGCGGCUGCAGCAUGAGGAGAGGGCUUCCAGCUGUGCUAGGGUUACUUUUGCAACCCGCAAAAGUUGCAGUAAGUUUGCAACCAUCAAGGGUGCUUGUGAUUUGUCAAUAGCUGAUCCUUUCGUAUAGUUGAGGUUCAGCUUGAUGUCAUUGGAGGGAUUAUAAAUUUUUAUUGUACUUCCUGUUAGAACUUUUUAUUUCGAUUCUGCUAUGACAACUUCAAUUGCACCUUUCCAUGAUC